UAAUAUUUCUUUGAUCUUUCAUUGUCCAUCCGAAAAUUCGAAGAUCCAGAUGAAUAUUCAAUUUUAAAUUAUUUAUUAGACGGUAAAUGGAAGGGAUCUCCCCUCUCUAAAAAAUGUUGAUUUAACAGGAACUUAUUAGUCAAGUACGCAGUAGUUUGUCACUCGUGUUUCAUGCAGCGACUGAAAGUUAAGCGUAUGACAUCAAUUGGACAAUGCAAGAGAUAUAACGUAAAGGCAUUUUUUUUAUUGUGCAAAUGCUAUUUAUGCAGUUGAACCAUUUAUAAAACGUACUAGUACCUCAGUCUGUCAUACAGCGUUGCAAGCAUCGUAUGUCACCGAAGAUAUCAAAUAGCACGUACACGUGAAGCAGAUUUUUUGAAUUUUCAAUCGGAUAAUUCAAAAACAAAAAUGGUGCCAAAUAUUUUAAGUACAGAUUCAAAAACACUCACGGAGAAAGAUUUACAAAAUGAGGAAUCUUCGAUUACUACAAAGACGAUAGAUGAAAAUAACGAGCAAAACAGAAGCGAGAAUUAUACAAGAAGUGAAGGCAAGUUCAAGUGGGAGCUGAAAUGGAUGAACAUCCUGUAUAUUAGUUUUCUCCACUUAUGCUUCGUAUAUGCCUGUUUUACUUUUAACUUUUUCGAAAAUCUGAUGACGACUGCUUGGAUAUAUGGCAUGAUAAUAAUAGGAGGCUUUGGCGUCACCGGCGGUGUUCAUCGUUUUUGGACCCAUCGAUCUUAUAAAGCAAAAUGGCAGCUUAGAAUUAUACUUGCCGUCUGCUUUGCUGCUGCUAACAUGAAUAACAUAUUCGAAUGGGUGCGAGAUCAUCGGGUGCAUCACAAAUAUACUGAUACGGAUGCGGAUCCGCAUAACAGUAACCGAGGAUUCUUUUUUUCCCAUGUGGGUUGGUUGAUGAUGAAGAAACAUCCGGAUGUGAUCCGAAAGGGUUAUGAGAUCGACAUGAGCGAUGUAUUGGCUGAUCCUAUUGCUGUAUUUGCUAUCAAAUAUUCUAUGAUAUUAAAAUUUAUAUUCGCUUUCCUGCUUCCGGUGAUGUUGCCUGUGUAUGCAUGGAAUGAGACUUGGUAUAGAGCUUUCGUGUCACAGAUUUUUAUUCGUUCUAUUUUGACUUUAAAUUUCACAUGGAGCGUCAACAGUGUGGCUCAUAUCUGGGGCUCAAGACCAUUUGAUGCGCAUAUAAAUCCAACAGAAAACCUAUUCGUUAACUGUGCUACGGUAGGUGAAGGAUCGCAUAAUUAUCAUCAUGUUUUCCCGUGGGACUAUAAGGGUGCCGAGUAUAACAGUUUCCUAACCACAAAGCUCAUUAAUUUCUUUGCGAAAAUCGGCUGGGCAUACGAUCUCAAAGAACCGUCGAAAAAGCUUAUAAAAAUCGUUACGAUGAAUAGAGGUGAUGGAAGUCAUUCUUUGUGGGAAGCUGUGCCAUAUUCAGCUAAUAAAAUUGAAUAAUAAAAAUAACAAUUGUCUCAUGAUAGCGAGCUUUUUGGAUCAGUUAACAACAAAUGUACGCGAUCAAGAAUUUACUUACUUAAGAUAAUUUAUUAAGUUAAUAAUGUUGUUAUAAUAUUAUAAUAUAAUAAUGUUAAAAUAUAAACUUGGUUUUUAGAUUUCCCAAUAGCACAUGUUGGUUUUAUGUAUGUUUCCUAAACGCUUGUAAAACAUAUGUUCAGGAGAGAGAGAGAAACGUCUAUAAAAUGUAUAUGAACCAAUAAGUGCUACUUGGGUUUAAUAUUUCAGUAG